AACAGAAGCUCAAUCAUAGUAGACGCCUCCAACUACAUUCAACAACUCAAACAGAAGAUCGAGAAACUGAACCACGACAUCCACAACAACAUUAACCAUACCGGCCAGCAGCUCCCCGUGGUAACGGUGGAAACGCUGGAGAAGAAGGGUUUCCUGAUAAACAUAUUCUCGGGAAAAAACUGCCCCGGCUUGCUGGUAUCCGUGCUGGAGGCUUUCGAGGAUCUCGGCCUCAACGUGGUGGAAGCUAGGGCUUCCUGCUCCGACAGCUUCCGCCUCCAAGCCGUCGGCAGCGGCGGUGGAGAUGAUCAGAAUGAGGAAGAAGAAGAAGAAGGGGAGCAGCAGACUAUCGAUCCCCAAGUGAUAAAACAAGCGGUGCUGCAGGCCAUUAACGACUGGGAUGGAUGA